GGUUCGGGGGACCUCUGGGAUCGUUGGUAAACGGGAUCACCUGAUAAGAGAGAAAUGGCGUCCACGCCAUUAGGCGUUUGUAAGUUCCGCGUUUGACCGUCGUUCGACCGGCCGGCGUAGUUGGCGCAGCCAUCCCUGUUAGUAUAGGAGCUUCGCGAUCUUUCUACCUACGAGUUUAUUUGCAAACACGCGACAUCAUUUCGUAAGAUGGACGCGUAUGAAACACGUAGAAAAGAUUGGGAAGAUUUAGAGGUGACCAAGGAAGAGAUCAAGACAUUGAAGGAGUGCCUGAAAAAGGAGGAAUUCCGUAAAUUGUUGAUCGAGUACGCGAAAGAAGUGACCGAUCCGGAAAAUAGGAAGCUCUACGAAAAAGAGAUCACGCAGUUAGAAAAAGAACGGGGCGUCGACGUUGUGUUCGUUAAUCCGGAGCCCGGUUAUGUCAUUAAAACCAGUGUGAACGGAGAUAGAAAAUGUUUCCUGAACAUCAGCAAGAGUGACAUCCUCUCGCGACCGAGCAGUCAGCCUCUGUACGAGCAAGGUCAUCAUGGUUUGGAAUGGUACAUCCCCUACCUGCUCACACCGCCUCGGGAUGACCUUGACAAGAAAAAUGUACGUUGCAUGGUCGUCGACGUAGUCUUCCAUCCGGACACGAUCUACCUGGCCUCGAAAAACGCGCACUUUCGGGAUGUUGUCAAUGACACAGCCAUGGACGGCGUGGAAAGCAACUUUCAGGUGAAACUCGAUAGAAAGAACCUCAAAUUUCCGAAGAUGAAUUACAAAGGAAUCUGUCAACCUUCUGUGAUCAGGAAACCAUCCAAGGAACCAGUGAAAGAACAACUGGACAUGGAGCCGGAAAUUUACCAGAAACUGAUGUCCGACUACGACGAGAAAAGGGAGCAACAGUCCAAGAGGUUUAAAAAGAAACCAAGUCGUCCUUCUCCACCUACCACGUACUACAAGGACAAACAGGACUCAAAUUCAGACCCAAACAACGAAUACGUGACUCCGAAAUUCUCAAUUAAACAUCAGUCCGACAUAGAGCUGGAAGACUUCAGGAUCAGCAAAGAUGCAAAGAUGAAUGCUACUGUACCGAAAAGGUUGAUUAUCUCUAUAGAUCUGCCGCUGUUGAGAACCGCCGCGGACGCUACUUUAGACGUACAGGAACGUUCUCUGAGCCUGAACAGUGAGAAGCCAGCAAAGUAUUUAUUGGAGCUCCCAUUGCCCUACCAUGUCGACCCGGACAGUGGCAAUGCUAAAUUUGAUCCGAAGUACAAGAAGCUUGUUGUAACGUUGCCAGUCAUUCCACCGGUGGUAUCUGCUUUAGAUGCCAGGGAGGACCUUGCUAUCGACUGUGUUCAUGACAGUCCUGAGCCAUUGUCGCCCGAAGAUUCCGCCGAGGAUUGCCCGGAUCUCGAUCGGUCGAAUGACUCGAUGAAAAAAUUGGUCGAAGUGUACGAGGACGUGUGCACUAUUUCGGAGAAGAGAAGUGAACGCGUAGAAGAUUGUAGUGACACAGCACUACGGACUAGUAGCAUAGAGAACUUAGAGACGUUUCUAGAUCCUAGUAUUAAGUACACACUGCCAGCGUUCACCUGUAAUAUAUGCGAUAAUCAACUAGCCAUCACUGUAAACGUAAAAAACGUGGAUCCGAAUUCCAUUUGCCAUCGGAUUCUGUUAAGCAAUUUAGGUAUACACGUUAAAUUAACCUCUAUAGGUGCAGGAUUUUUCCCACAGCACUAUUCGCUUUGUUUAAAAAUACGCGAGGACGCGGUAGACCCCGAAUCUCUCGUUUCCGAACCAACGGACGACAACGUCGUCUUCAAAGUAACGUUAACAAACACGGAGAACUUGGCGCAAUAUUACGUCGGCACGGACGAAGAGUUCAUGGAGCAGAAAGAUUUCCCUACCGCGACGGCUUUCAAGAAUCAGCUGGAAGAAUUGACGGCAACAGAAGAGAACGAACCGGAGAAGGAGCCAGAAAUUCAGCGGAAGCAAGUCGUCGACUACGAUGACAAGAGGAAGCAACCGUCGAAGCGGUACAAGAAGAAACGGAAGCGUACCUCUUCGCUGACUCUGUACUGCCAGAACAAACAGGAUCCGAACAAUAAGUACAUGACGCCGAAAUUCUCCAUUAAACACGAGUCCGACAUGGAGCUGGAAGAAUCUAGAUCUAACAAAGAAACGAAGUCGAAUGGUACGCUGCCUAAAAAGUUGACCGUCACUGUAGAUCUGCCCUUACUGAGGACUGCCACCGAUGCUACUUUGGACCUGCAGGAACGUUCCUUGAAUCUCAAGAGCGAGAAGCCAGCGAAGUAUUCGUUGGACCUUUCGUUGCCCUGUCGCAUUGAUCCAGACAGGAGCAAUACCAAAUUUGAUCUAAAGAGCAAGAAGCUUGUUGUAACUUUGCCAGUCAUUCCACACAUGGUAUCUACUGUAGAUACCAGACAGGACCUUGGUACUGACAGUGAGCACAGCAGCCCUAUACCACUGCUGCGCAAAGACACUACCGAGGCCUGUCACGAUCAAAGUCAUUCGCGUGAUCCUAUGAAGAAGCUAAUCGAAGAGUACGAGGUAGGAUACGCGACGCCGGGGACGGAGAAGAAAAGUGAACACCUAGAAAAGUUCGGUGACACGGCGAUACGGACUAGUAUAGAAAUCGCAGAUGCCUUUCUAGACCCUAGCAUUAAGUAUUUGUUGCCAGCGUUUACCUGUAAUAUAUACGAUAGUCGACUAGCCAUCACUGUAACCGCGACGAACUUGGAUCCGAGUUCCAUUCACCAUAGGGUUUUGCAAAAUAACUUAGGUAUACACGUUAAGUUAACGUCUGUAGACGCAGCGUGUCUUUCGCAGCACUAUUCGCUUUGUUUAACGAUACGGAAGGAUUCCGUAGUUCCUGAAUCUCUGAGUUUCGAGCCAGCAGACAACAACGUCGUGUUCAAGGUAGCGCUGAGAAACACUGAGAACCUGGCGUGGUAUCACGUCGGUGUAGAUGAAAAAUGUAUGGAGCAGAAAGAUUUCCCUACCGCUGCAGCGUUCAAAAAUCAACUGAAGGGAUUGACGGAAGAAGAUGUACCGAGGAAGGAACCAGAAAAUCAGCCGAAGCAGAUCGCCGACUACGAUGACAAGAGGAAGCAGCAGUCCAGGCGGUACAGGAAGAAGCGAAAGCACACUUCUUCUCUCGCCGCGUACUGCCAGAAUAAGCAGGAUUCGAGUUCGGAGUCGAAUAAAUACGGGAUACCCGAGUUCUCUAUUAAAUAUCACUCCGACGUGGAACUGGACGAUUUUGGAAUGAUCGAAGAUGCGGACAUAAACGCCGCCGUGCCCAAAAGUUUGAUUGUCACUAUAUAUCUGCCACUAUUGAGAACUGCCGCCGAUGCUUCUUUGGACGUGCAGGAACGUACACUGAGUCUCAAGAGCGAGAAGCCCGCGAAGUAUUUAUUGGACCUUCCGUUGCCCUAUCGCGUUAACGCAGGCGGAGGCAACAGCAAAUUUGAUCCAAAGACCAAGAAGCUUGUUGUAACUUUGCCAGUCAUUCCAUUCGUGGUAUCUGCUUUAGAUGCCAGUCAACACCGCGCUGUUGACAGUGAUCAUGACAGUCCUAUACCAUUGUUGCACAAAGAUUCUGCCGAGGAUUCUCCCGAUCAAAGUGGCUCGCGCGACUCCGCGAAGAAGUUGAUCGAAGAAUGCGAAGUGGUGUUUUCAACCGAGGAAACAGAGAAAACGAGUGUACACCUAGAAGAGUGUUUUGAUUCGGCGCUACGGACUACUACGGAGAACGCAGAUUUCUUUCUAGACCCUAGCGUUAAAUAUUCGUUGCCAGCGUUUACUUGUAACAUAUACGAUAGUCGGUUAAUCAUCAUUUUAAAUGUAAAACGAGUGGAUCCGAAUUCGGUUCGGCAUAGGGUUCUGCCGAGUAACUUAGGUGUGCACGUUAAGUUAUCGUCUGUAGACACAGGGUUUCAUCUGCAUCACUAUUCGUUUUGUUUAAAAAUUCGCGAGGACUCCGUGGAUCCCGAAUCCCCCGUUUUCGAAACGUCGGAUGACAACGUCGUAUUGACCGUGACGUUGAGGAACACCGAGAACUUGGCGAGUUAUUACGUCGGUAUACACGAGGGAUCUAUGGAUCAGAAGGAUUUUUCUACCGCGACAGCUUUCGAGAACCAGCUGAAGGGAUUGACGAUGGUGGAGAACGUCGAAUCGGAAAAAGAACGAACGGUUGAGGUGAAGGCAGAAGAAGAUGGCGUCGUUAUUAAAAUUAGCUCGAAUCAAUUUGGUUCCAAUGAACAUAGCGUGGUCGGGAAACAAAAUAAAAAGUCUGCGCAACGUCGUCACGUCGUCAGGAAAGCUAGAUCUAUUUCAGAGAGCAGCGGGGAGGACAUGACAAGUAAUAGUCCGCCUAGCGCGAAAGGUAUAUUAAAGUUUCGGCGAACUCACGAUUUCUCACGUACGUUAUACGAAUCUAGCACCGACGAGAAUGGACUGUCCACGUCGCCUAUCGAAUGUAGUUACGAUUCAGUCGACAUAAGCUCUGAAUCUGACUGUUCCAGCUUGAAGAAAACAGUGCGAUUCAAUAACGUCGUCUCACAGCAGUUCUUUAGGUCGGAUUCCAGUAUUCGCGGCAUGAGGAUGCGUAAGUACUUAACCCGAUUGAGCUAGAGCGAAAGCGUCGGACGAACGGGAGAGGUGGCUGCGAAACGGAAGAACGGGACAUACGCGAGACAAGUACAAAAGAGCACCAAGCCCUCCGAGACUGUGAAACUUAUACUUAAUCGAGAUAAGCAAUCGGCGCAACAGAAAACUGCCAGUAUUGGUAUCGAGAAAGGGUAGAGCGAUAAUAACUGUUUUAAAUGGGGAUCCAGUUCUAAGGGGAAAUCGGUCAAUCAAAUUCGCGCGGUGAGUUCCGGGAUCGGUAGCGCGAAAGGCGCGGUAGAAUCGAAAUAAGGUGGUUCCGGAUACUGUUCUUAGCAAUAGCUGUCUAGUGUUAAUUGUUCAGAGAUAAGAAUUUUGUUUCGUUAAAUUUUAUCUGCUGUAUUUAAGGAGAUCGCGCGUGAUCUAUCGAUACGACGCGGACACUGCGUUCGUCGGUUUCUCUUUUUAAAAUUUCUCGUACUGCGUACUUCGAAUUUUAAGCGUUUCUUACCAGAAAAUAAAAGGAUAUGUUUUCAAAGCAAAUAAAAAAAAACGUGGGCAAUUUUAUCGGCGCGCGUGGCGAAUCGGGGGCAAGGAAAACCCGCGAUCGCGCGCCACAUUUUAUAGGAGAAAAUUCAUAGGGAUGAAUUUUUAUAGACAUUUUUUAGACCGACGUUUAAUUAUACAUGUGCAGUGCAUUUAAAUAAACGCAUCCUCAAAAUAAUGUGACUCCUAGUAUACUCUAUGAUCAUCGAACACCAAUGCCCUCGUCUCAAAGUAAAUGCUCGUUGAUCUUUCUAACGAAGCGUUCAUCGCGAUGAUACGCAAACGACGUGA